CUUUCCUCCAGGGCGACCAUGGAUCUAUACGAGCUGCAAAGGGCGCAUUCAGGUGCCAGAGCCGGCUUCAUGUCAAGCUUUGACCACAUGCCUCCCCCAAUGGAGCAUAAGGCAAAGGAAUUUUUUGAUAAACAAAACAGGAUUAAGAAGGGUAGGGAUGUACUAAUCCAUGACAGGGAGUACCCACAGCCGCCACCUCAUCACUACAUUCGAGGGAAGCCCGGUCCACUACACUACGGCGUGCCCAUCUCUGACGGCUACGACCCAGGUGUAUUCGCAGUGUCGAGCGCUUUAUUUGGUGGCAGCGGAGCCUUUCAAACUAUUCCAAUUCAGUUCAAGCCAGUGUUCAGAAGGAGACGGAGAGGGGACUGCCUGUCAGAGUGGUGCAAUGCCUUUGUCACAAGAGUAGACCCCUGCGAAUGUAUUAGUCCUGAGGAAACGUACACUCCUUAUGAAGUUGCCCGAUACAGGGAUCAGCAGGGCCGCAUGCACACGACCAUGGACUUCAGUGCUUAA